AUGCAGAAGGCAAAAGAAAUCAUGUUGCAGAAAAAGGAGGAAAAAGAGAAAGUUCGAAAAAUGUCGGAAAGUAAAUGGCAGCCGAGUAGACUGCUCGGUUGCACUCGGCCGCCAUCUGUGAAUUUUUUUACGGAAGAUAGCGUCGGCUCAGAGUGCAGCUGUAUCCUUAGUGGUGAGAGUGACAAGAAGUUGGUGGACAGUGAUAAGGAAGAAGAUUUAUCAUCACGAAGGCAAAUUAUGGGUUCGAGGACGAAUUCACUUCCUCAGCACGUUAAUUCAUCAUCUGACUUGAAAUCGUUUGACUCGGAAAUUUUUAAUGAAAAUGAUGAAAAAAUUCAACAAAAUUAUGAAGCAAAAAUUGGUCAUCAUUUGGCUUCGUCACCAUUCGAAAAUCUGCAAUACCCUAUUGAGAUUAAAGAAAGAACAAAUGCCAUGGAACGACAGUUUUAUGACAGGUCACGAAUGGAACAAUUUGGAAUGCAUUUUAAUCUGAAUAUCGUUCCCUAUGAAGUUGAUACAUUGGAAGAAUUUCGAACAAAAUCACCACAUCAAAUUGAGAUAUACGCGUUUCGUGAUACAACUGAUGUUAAUUAUCAACGUAUGGCUUUUACGGGUGAGGAAUUGUCUGGUGUAAGUACAUUUUCGAAAAAUCUUGUUUUAUUUCAAUCAUAA